AUGCUUGUUGGGGCGAAAUAUGAAAUGAAAAUACCUCAACAAGACCAGGAAAAAAAUCUUAUGCUCUUCAAAAAUAAUAUGCCAAAAGAUGAGAUAAAUUCCGAUUUAUUAUUUAGAAAAAGAUAUCGAAAGAUGUACGUAAGGUUUUUCACAGUAAGACCAACCGCAGUAUUAUUGCCUUUACCCUUAUGGGUUUUAAAAGAAGGCAAAAUCAACGAGUGCACGAAAUUAACUUACUCGCUUACUGAUAAAAAUCAUUGA